UGGAUGUUCGAGUAUCCCAUCGGCCCUGGCGCUCAGGGCGGAAGAAGGGGCAGAGGUGGCUCUCUGGCCCGCAUCGCCUCUACUCUCCUAUCCCGUCUGACGUUGGACAACAAAGAUGGCGGCAGGAACCAGCAAUUACUGGGAAGAUCUCAGGAAACAGGCUCGACAGCUGGAAAAUGAACUUGACCUGAAACUAGUUUCCUUCAGUAAACUAUGUACGAGUUACAGUCACAGCAGCACACGAGAUGGAAGACGCGACAGGUAUAGUUCUGACACAACACCCCUUUUAAAUGGAUCAAGCCAAGACAGAAUGUUUGAGACAAUGGCAAUUGAGAUUGAACAACUUUUGGCAAGGCUUACAGGGGUAAAUGAUAAAAUGGCAGAAUAUACCAACAGUGCAGGUGUCCCCUCCUUGAAUGCAGCACUCAUGCAUACGUUACAGCGACAUAGAGACAUAUUACAGGAUUAUACACAUGAAUUUCAUAAAACCAAAGCAAACUUUAUGGCAAUACGGGAAAGGGAGAAUCUCAUGGGAUCAGUACGAAAAGAUAUUGAGUCAUAUAAAAGUGGAUCUGGAGUAAACAACAGAAGAACUGAACUAUUUCUGAAAGAACAUGACCACCUUAGGAACUCAGAUCGUCUGAUAGAAGAAACAAUAAGCAUUGCUAUGGCAACGAAAGAAAAUAUGACUUCACAGAGAGGAAUGUUAAAGUCAAUUCACAGCAAAAUGAACACUUUGGCCAAUCGUUUUCCUGCUGUGAACAGCCUGAUCCAGAGGAUCAAUCUUAGGAAGCGGCGAGACUCCCUCAUUCUAGGUGGUGUGAUUGGUGUCUGCACCAUCCUAUUGCUGCUGUAUGCUUUCCAUUGAUGGGACAUCUCCAUGGACUCUUGACGACCACCACUUUCACGCCCUGAUCUGGAAUAAGGAAAAGUAGGAAGAAGUUGACCGUCCUGACAAUUAAUCUGACCACCAGAUGAAUUCAAAGUAAUAGUAUGGCUCUGUGACAUGGUCAGGUGGUACUAAAGCCACAGAUUUUUCUGUGCUAUCUUUUCUAACACACAUUUCCCCAUUUUUUAGUUAAAAAAAAAAAAAAGAAGGGGGGAUUUAGUUGCUUUUGUCUCCCUACGAGGUAAGUAAACCAAUCAAAAACAGAACUUCCGUGCUUCAGUGACAGUGCUGAAUCCUGAGGACAAGCCAGAUCUUACGGCUGGAUUCUUCAAAAUGCCAGGUUUCUCUGCGUCCAAAGACUGCUUUUCUUUCAGCCACCUGAUUAGGUUGUGAAUAAAAAUAAUUCUUGUUCUUUUAUCUAACACUCAAGAUGAGAAAUCACAAGUCUUUCCCUGAUAAUCUGGGCUAUAGAUUCCUAUCUCUGUCCCCAGUUUUUUUUAAUAUAUAUUCAAGGAAAACUCCAUUUUUUCACAGACUCUUUUGAGAUGCUGAUAAGCCAACAACAGCAUGUUUGAGGUUGUCUGAAAUGGAGAACACAGCAAAAAAGCUUUUGUGUUUUCUUUUUAAAAAUUCUGAGUACACUGACUAUAUUGCUGGAAAAACAUUGAGAAUGACAGACCUUUUUUUUUUUUUUUCUUUUUAAGUAAAUUGCUUUACUUUUUGGGGUUUUUUUCUUCCACUACAAGAUAAUGAAAUCUACAACUACUACUAUAAAAUAAUGAAACCUUAAUUCUACCAUGUUGAAAGAGAGAAACUAAUAGCCAAUGUCUGUAACACCCCCAAUUUUUCCCUAUUAUUGUCAGCAUUAACACUGGUAACUGGAGGCAGGGGCACUGCUCAAUUUUCAGUGAGAUUUAUUCGACAAACAAAAUACAAAAAGACAUUCAGAAGUCACUAUCCAGAUAAUCCUUUUGUAAAUGCUCCACAACUUAGGAGCAAAAGUUUAAAAACUACUGCCUGAUGUGUCAGGAAUUCUGUGUUCUGUGAAAAUCUAUUCAUUCCAAAUCUCUUAAGCUUUUCCAGACAUCCAGAGAAUGAUUUCACUGUCAAAGGUGCCUGUGACAGAAUCUGUCUAACUGCACCUAUCUUCUAUUACCAUCCCUGGACAGUGACAGAAAUGUAAACUACUCACCAGAAUUCUUUCCCAGAUUAACCAUUUCUCAGUUUCUGUAAAUUCAUUACGUAUCUUACUGAACUACCAGGUAGUUUAAAGACUUCUAACAUCUACACUCCUUACCGAGAGAAGGCUGCUGCUCUUCCCCAUUGAAAUUUACCACGAUGUUUAUAUCAUCUUCAGACUGUGCCACAGGGAAGGAGGACAUUAGCUUGUCAUUCUUCGCUAUGGUGUGUAUAUGCUGCUGUUCAGGUGGACUUGAUGAACUGCCUCAUGGGUAGACUUAACAUCGGACUGGCUGAGAGAUUUAUCAUUCUGGUGUCAAAGUUUUAUUACAUUCUGGGUAUGAAGGGCAUUUGAUAUAUUUUUCUUAACUAUGGGGUUUAUUUUUAUAAAUAUGGGUUGACUGAUCAGUUCAUUGACUGGGGAUGCCCUUAAAAGAAAGUUAAGUUUUCCCAUUGUGAACCUUAAAGGAUCGGGGAAGUAAGUUCAUUUGUUAAACUCUCUUUUGGGAAAACAAAACUUCUCUCCCCUGAAACUAUUAUCUUUGAUUUUUCAAAGGGCCUUGAUUGGUAGUUGUGCCUCAAUUAGAAUUUGUGGGACCUUGGUUGCUAUAUAGUUGGCAUUUAUAAAAUCUGAAGUAUCAUAAAUAAAGUUAUUUAUUUAAUUAUGCUACCAGUCUUUUUUACUGGUCUGAUUACUUGGUUCAUUCAUUAAAGUUGAUUGUGUGAGAGUAAAAGUAAGACACAGCUAAUCUAGCUUGCUGCAGCUGAUGGCUGAGGAGCCUUUCCAGGACGGUUGUGCUUAUAUGAAGUAAAAGAAUUAUGUCGAUUAUUUUCUUUAUGAAAAUAAAGAAACUAGUUCUUCCAAGGAAGUUGAAAAGGUUUGGUGUAGAUGUUGGUGUCAGAUGGGUCUGACUAACCUCCCAGUGCUGUCACCCAUAGUGAGGUGCCCCAGGUAGCUAGGAGAGUGAGUACAUGGGUAGAAGAGUGCUCUUGCCUUCCCCUUCAGUUCCUGCCUUCGUUUGCAGAAAGGAAAUGGAGAUGUGUUUCUUGCAGAAAGGAUCUUAAUUUGGAUCCUGAAACUGCUGAUUUGAAUUUCAGUCUUAUGCCAUUUAAACUUUUCUUUCUUUUUUUUAAGUCAUCUUGCUUUUCUCCCCCUUUUCGCUAUCUUCCUUAGAGGGCAGUUGCUAGAGUCAGGAGCCAACAGCUAGUUACUUAUUAAAGCCAGUCAAGCCCAGGUGAGGUCAGAAGGAAUUUCCUAUUUCUGGUCCCAGUGAAAUGUUGCCUCUUAGGAAAGUUUUGCCCCUUUGGCCAUUGUCUUGUAUAAGUCUUUCCAUUUUGGAUCUUUUUACUAACCAUUCAGAACUUCAUUUUAUUAAAAAAUGUGAAAAACAAU